CAGCAUCCCCAGCCCCACCAGGAAGGUCACUUGGCCUCUGCGUGUGUAACCUGUUGUAUCAGAAGGAUCUUAGCACAGCUCUGCCAUCCACAUUCCUUGGAGAGGAGCUGAACCCAAUAAGUGGUCUCCACAGCUUGACAUGCAUGGGGAAACCCUGCAGAGCAUAUCCACUCCAGCACUUGACACCUUUGCCUGAGACUUCUCCAGAUCACUUUUGACUUAUUUAAACUAUCCUGGGGCAAAGCACUUUGCAGUGCUACCUGCAGAACAAGGGCUUUCUUUAUCCUCUUUUCUCCUUGCUCAGCUGUAAAGUGUGACUGUGGCCAACUGUCCUUUAUCUGUGUUGGCUCCCAGCCUGAGGUUCUGGAGUUUGGCUUGAAAGUCAAGCCAGUGCUGGAAGGGCUGACUGGGCAAAUUCAGCAGCAAGCUUUGGGAGAGGUGGUGGAAAGAACAGAGGUAGCCCACCUGCAGGCACACCCAGCCAUAGAGGAGGGAUGCCCAGCUCCGAACUUGCAGAGUUUUAGUGCUGUGAUCAACAGAAGAAGCAAUCCCAAGAAGAGGAGGAACAAGUCACAUAACUUCAUAUGGUCAGAGCACCGCCUGAACUGGUAGGUAGAGCUUUGAUACAGACAUUCUCUGUAAGCCUCAGCCUUCAGUAGUCCAUCCCAGCUUUUCACAGUGGGAAAUGGCAGUGAAAGAAAAUGUCUAUCUCGCAACUCUUUGGUGAAGAAGCUUGGUUUCUGUGUUCAUGUUACCUGCUUCUGUAGGAGAGGGAGGCUGAGCAAUGAACCCAGAGCUGAGGGGCAGGUAUGCAUCCUUCCUGCAUGAUCUCAGCCAAAAGGGCCUGGUUUUAUCAUCUCUAUGAAAGCCUUUUGCAGUGGCAGAACUCUCAAAUGAACAUGAGAGAAAGAGAGGAAGUGCCACACAGACUUGCACAAUGAUCUUGCUCUUGCUGUUUCCUUUCUUGUCAGGCCUGUGAGCAGGGAACUACACCUGCAGGCCAUGUGAGCAGUGAGCCCAGCAACGAGCCUGGUUCCAGAUCAGGAGUACAGUAACUUACGUGGUCUGCCUUGUAGUGCCAGUGCCUUCUCAUGAUUUCUGAGGGAGAAAACUUGUUUGUGGGGUAUCCUCAGUCCCCAUCACUGCUUGCAGCCCAACUCCUUGGCACUACAGCUGGACCCCAGUUUCCCUUGCUCCAAGCUUGUGAUACAAAAAGCAUCCGUAGGUAUCUCUCCACCACUGCCUCCUAGGACCACAGUCAGAAAUGGUGAUUUUCCAGUAUGAUUUCCUAGACUCCAGGGUGUAUAUUUGGUAGUAAGACAUGCUCAUUUUUGCCACAGGACGUGGUUAAAUGGCUGUGGAACAAAGCAACCCAGGCAGUUCCAAGAAUUCACUUGUAGUGUAAUUUUGGAAUAUGAUUAAGAGCUAAGGAGUGCAGAAAACAGCUGGACUGCAAAACCCCUGGAUUCCAGCUGUCUGCAUUUGCAGGUUUAAAGUGGGAAAUUAUAGCACCAGAUCUUGUGACUGCAGGGAGCCAUAAUGUAAAUGCAUUUGCCAUUCUUGCAAGACCGAUGACAUUCAGUCUGAGCCCCUCUAAGUCUGUUUCCAAGUGGAACUCUCCAUCUCUGGGAGAGGAAAAGUGGUUUCCAAGCCUGUCAUGAGGACAGCCUUGUGCACAAGGCAUGAUGUCCAGGCCCUGCCUAGGUUUAGGCAGCCAAGGUGAUACUCAGGAGAUGCUCUCCUGACAGCAGAGGCGAUCUGUAAGGAGAAAACUCACCCUAGGGAGCUGGGAGGGUUUCCUUCAUGAGAGACUUGGGUAUUCCUUCCAUCCCUCCCAAGGCCAGACAACAAUUGUGGCCUCACUUUUCUAGCAUGACAUUCACUGCUGCAGCAUCACUGAGAGGGAGCGAAGAAGCUCGAUAUCCCCAGCUGCCCCCAGCCCACUGCAGCACAUGGAGAGCAAGGCCACAGAGCCGGACAACUGCUUCCCACCUGCUGGGACAGCAUGGAGGAGGCCAGCUCCACACUGCCAGGCCUCCACUGCUUCUGCUCAGUGUGCACCCUGCAGUGGGCUGAGAGCAAACAUGAGUGUCCUUUCUGGAAGAGGAGGGUGACCUCCAUCCUAUGCAGAGUCUCUCAUCAGGGUGAAGGCCAGAGACGCUUGUACAGAGAACUGCUGAGGAACUACAAUCGCCUGGAACGACCAGUAGUGAACGACUCCCAGCCCCUGGUAGUUGAGCUCCAGCUUUCUUUGCUGCAGAUAAUUGACGUGGAUGAGAAGAAUCAGGUGUUGAUCACAAAUGCUUGGCUGCAGAUGUCUUGGGUUGAUGUUUACCUGUCUUGGGAUCAAUAUGAAUACCCAGGGGUGCAGAACUUGCGAUUUCCCGCUGACCAGAUUUGGGUACCAGACAUUCUGCUGUAUAACAGUGCAGAUGAAAGGUUUGAUGCGACAUUUCACACGAAUGUGCUGGUGAAUUACUCUGGAUCCUGCCAAUAUAUUCCUCCAGGCAUUUUGAAGAGCACCUGUUAUAUUGAUGUCCGCUGGUUCCCCUUUGAUGUGCAGAAGUGUGAUUUGAAGUUUGGCUCCUGGACUCACAGUGGCUGGUUGAUUGACCUGCAGAUGCUCGAGGCUGAUAUGUCCAACUACAUCUCAAAUGGAGAAUGGGAUUUAGUGGGUGUCCCAGGAAAGAGGAAUGAGAUGUACUAUGAAUGCUGCAAAGAACCAUACCCAGACGUGACGUACACGAUCACCAUGCGCCGACGUACCCUCUACUAUGGCUUGAAUCUACUCAUUCCUUGUGUUCUCAUAUCUGGCUUGGCACUGCUCGUAUUCCUUUUGCCAGCUGAUUCAGGGGAGAAGAUUUCUUUAGGUAUCACUGUCCUUCUUUCCUUGACUGUAUUCAUGCUGCUUGUGGCUGAGAUCAUGCCUGCAACUUCUGACUCAGUCCCACUAAUAGCUCAGUAUUUCGCCAGCAUCAUGGUCAUCGUUGGUCUGUCUGUGGUGGUAACAGUGCUGGUUCUGCAGUUUCACCAUCACGACCCCCAGGCAGGAAAGAUGCCCAAAUGGGUCCGUGUCAUCCUGCUGAACUGGUGUGCUUGGUUUCUACGAAUGAAAAAACCCGGGGAAAAUAUAAAGCCCCUCUCUUGCAAAUACAGCUAUUCCAAGCACAACCUGAGUGUGAACAGCAUGGAGGUGAACGUCCUGCCCGGGCACCAGUCCAGCAAUGGCAACUCCAUCUACAGCUACCACGCGAUGGACAGCCCGUGCUGCCCCCAGAAGAACGACCUCGGCAGCAAGACCGGCAAGAUUACUUGCCCCUUAGCAGAAGACAUCGAGCUCAUUCAAAAGAAAGCUCUAAUGGAUACUAUCCCAGUGAUCGUGAAGAUCCUGGAGGAAGUUCAGUUCAUAGCAACGCGAUUCAGGAAACAGGACGAGGGCGAAGAGAUCUGCAGCGAGUGGAAGUUUGCGGCUGCCGUGAUAGACAGAUUGUGCCUGGUUGCAUUUACCCUUUUCGCCAUCAUUUGCACAUUUACAAUACUCAUGUCUGCUCCAAAUUUUAUAGAAGCUGUUUCAAAGGAUUUUGCGUGAGGUUUUCAAAGAUGAGUGUGAUAAUCUGAAAGUGAAUAUUGCCAGUAAUUUUGCUCGAUAAUUUAAAUCAAAUAGAGAAGUGUACUUAUAUGUGCUAAAAUACACUGAAGGGGAUGAAAAUAAUUUCAGGACAUAAUUAUUCCUGAUGUUAGUGAUUGUAGUUACUGAAUAGUAAUCAUAUUGAACUCCGUUACUUAUUUCAUAGAUUAGUGCCACGUGUAAUUAUGUCAUGAUCUGUGACAAGUGGUAGACAAAAAUUCAAAUCUACAAUGUAUUUGUUACAAGCUAACACUCGUAUCAAUGUGUUACUAUGAAUUUUUGAACUUUCAAAUACUGUUAAAUUAACUUAAAUGUUCAUUGAUGACUACAAGUUUUGCAGAAUUUUGUUGUUUUCAGGAUAUUCGUGUUUUAUCAUUUUUGUUUGGUGUGGUUGUGACAUGCACUUAUCAGAUUUGAAAGACCUAUCUCCACAGUCUCAUGAUGCUGUAUAUUGUACAUGAAAAUAAACCAUCAUCAUA